UGCUGUGUGGUCUACAGCUAGCUGCAGUAGUUAAAUGAGAACAAUCUUUCCCCAAGUGGUUCCUCUUGAGGACAGCAUUUCUGCUGGCUCUGGGACUUUGGGCCAUCUAUAAAGCUUCACAAUGGAAAAUAAGGAAAGUCUCAAGGAGGAAGAGUUCUUGGCUAGAACUGGAGAAAGAGCAGCCGUCAACCAAACCAUGUUCCCUGCAAUGGAGGCCUUUGAAAUCAAUGAUCCAAACCCCAAGAAGAGAAAGGGGGUGAACUGCUUCAUGGUCAUGGUGGCCAUCUACCUGAUUCUGCUCACCGCAGGUGCUGGGUUGCUGGUGGUGAAAGUUCUGAAUCUGCAGGAACGGCUCUGGGCCCUGGAGACUCACUUCACCAAUGGAACACUGGCCGCCGAGGAUGGCCUGUCCUUCUCUUUGCUCCAGUCAAUGCCCUUCCCACACCUCCCUGGGGGCACAUUGGGGCUGCAGGUCCUGCAGGCCCAGAUCACCCAGGUCCGCACCAGGCAGGAGCAUCUGCUACGGAAGGUGGACAACUUCACUCGGAGCCCAGAGCUGUUCCGGGUCAAAGGGGAACGAGGCGCUCCAGGACUCCAAGGCCCGCCUGGAAUCAAGGGAGACGCAGGCCUCCAAGGACCCAACGGUGCUCCAGGGAAACAGGGAGCCCCUGGCACCCCAGGACAGCAGGGAGAGAAGGGGAGCAAAGGCGAUGGGGGUCUCGUUGGCCCGAAAGGGGAACCUGGAGCUAAGGGCAACAAAGGAGACCUGGGUCUCCCAGGAAGCAAAGGGGACAUGGGCAUGAAAGGAGACACAGGGGUCAUGGGUCCCCCCGGAGCCCAGGGCAGUAAAGGUGACUCAGGGAAGCCAGGCCCCCCAGGUGUGGCUGGAUCUCCUGGAAUGAAAGGAGAUCAAGGACAACCUGGAGCGAAGGGUCUUCCCGGCUCUCCGGGCGCGGCGGGAUCUGCAGGGGCCAAGGGGGAGCCUGGCCACGCUGGCUCCCCGGGACUAGCAGGACCAGCAGGGAGACCCGGGAGUCCCGGAGCCAACGGCGUGAAAGGAAGCAAGGGGGACCCAGGUAACAGAGGGUGUGGGUAG